AGGGCGGGGGAAUAUUGCAAGGGGCCGUCUCGCAAGUGCGGCCCCAGCCCCGGCGUCCACCUCGAGGCUCACCUGGGAGAUGGGCUCCCCGAGGCCGCGGGGCGCGGGCCAGAUAGGGUAACCCCGCGUCCUCGAUCCCCGCCGCCCUGGUCCUGGUCUCGCCCGCGCCCCGCCGCCUGCUUGCAGAUGGGCGCGCGCUCCUUUCCGCUCCCCGUGACACUUUGCAGACGCUCCCCGGCGCCGAGCAUGGGCACCGCCGCCGCCGCCGCCGGUGCCCGGGCUGGAUUCCGCGCGCGGGCUGGAGGUCCCUGCUGCAUCGACCCCAGGGGGAGUCCGGGUCCCCAGCCAACUUCUCCCCGGGGUCGAGGUGUCAGCUCCCUCACGCCAUAGGCGCCCAGUUUGAAGCCGAGUCCCAGAAGUGUGGGGGUCCGGCCUCGAGCUCCUUCUCCCUCCCGAGCAGUGGGGGCCUCCCUUCCCCCAGGACUGACUCCGACUGUGGCCGCUGUCUCUGCUGGGUGUGCUGAGGCGGCCCGGGUCUGCAGGAGGCCAGCCAUGAGCGACAGAUGCAGCCGUCGGCGCACAAUGAAGAAGGACGACGAGGCCUUCGAGAUCUCCAUCCCCUUCGAGGAGGCGCCCCACCUAGGCUCACAGAUCUUUUACAGUCUGAGUCCUUCUCGAGGAAACUUCGAGGAGCCCCCGGAGGCCGCGUCCCCCACGCUGGCCCUGAUGAACGGGGUCAAGGCCCAGCUGCACAUGGCCCUGGAGAGGAACUCCUGGCUGCAGAAGCGCAUCGAGGACCUGGAGGAAGAGAGGGACUUCCUUCGGUGUCAGCUGGACAAGUUCAUUUCCUCGGCACGGAUGGAUGCAGAGGACCACUGCCGCAUGAAGCCUGGGCCUCGGCGGGUGGAGGGGGACAGCUGGGCCGGGGCUGGGGGCGAGGCCUCAGACCCCGAGUCUGCUGCCUCCUCGCUGAGUGGGGCAUCUGAAGAAGGCAGUGCCAGUGACAAGAAGAGGCAGAAGCAGAAGGGAAGUGCCAGUCGGAGGCGCUUCAGGAAGCCCAAGGCCCGGGAGAGGCAACGGGUGAAGGACGCCGAUGGGGUCCUCUGUCGCUACAAGAAGAUCCUGGGCACCUUCCAGAAGCUGAAGAGCAUGUCUCGGGCUUUUGAGCACCACCGCGUGGACCGCAACACCGUGGCGCUGACCACGCCCAUCGCGGAGCUGCUCAUCGUGGCGCCAGAGAAGCUGGCCGAGGUGGGCGAGUUUGACCCUUCCAAGGAGCGCCUGCUUGAGUACUCCCGCCGCUGCUUCCUGGCGCUGGACGACGAGACGCUCAAGAAGGUGCAGGCGCUCAAGAAGAGCAAGCUGCUGCUGCCCAUCACCUACCGCUUCAAGCGGUGAUACCGCCCCUCUGCCCCCGCCCCCGGAACCUCUGCUCCCCGCUCCCGGGCCAGGCGCCGCCUCCCUGCACUAGGCCUGUCCCUCGCCCAGCGGGGCUGUCACCUGUUUCACCCGACCCCGCGGGGGCCGGCCUCAUUCCAUGUGAGACAGAGAAUUAUUCAGAGCAUUUAAAUUAAAGACACGUGAAAAUUUGGAAUA